AUGCUUUCCUCCCCUUCAAAUCCAGGCAAGCGUUCGCUACGUGGUCUUAAAUCUGUGUUUGGUAUUUCGCCACAGUCUGUCAGCAAUAUCAAUACAAAUGUGGGAACCUCUCCCUAUGAUUUUGUCUACUCGCAACGUCUUGGUACAUCUUCCCAUGGCAUUAUAUCUCUCCAACUGCCAAACUCAAUGCCUUCUCUAGAGCAUAUGUCACCUGGCCUCUGGUCUUGGAUCCAUUCUAUCGACCCUGUUUACCAAGGUGGCCAUAGUCAUGCAGAACCAACCAUGUCACGAACAACUGGGCCAACAGGCAGUGAUGCUAGUCUUGCAUCUAUUCCCUUUUCGCCAAUCGGAGCAUCAAAAGUUCCAUUCUAUACACGAGUAUUCAGCCCUGCUGGCGACCUUCUCGAGAUCCCUAAUCAUUUGAUGCAGACUUCUUCAUUAGCUCAACCCCCAUCUAAUGGCAUGCUACUUCAGUCUGGUGUUGCUGCUGCUGCAGAGGCUUGUCAUUCACUGGCUGCCGGUCUUACGCGUUCAUCGACUUUUGAUGCUACUCGCUCUCCUACCAACGGCUCUGCUAGUUCUCUUUCCAAACGUCGCAAGCCCGUACAAUCACUUCCAGUAGAAAAACCCCCAUCAUCUACUCAUGGGUUUCUGUCAUCUGGAUUGGAUCUUCCACCACUCCCAUCCAUGCAUACCCAAGAAAAACCAAAAGUAAAGCGUUUUUUUAUUCAAUUGGUGGAUUUAAAUAUGAGCAAAAUGCCGCCAGGCGAACAUAUUAUUGGCAUUGUCACUGUUGGCGAUGCAAGACGUCUUACUUCUGCUCUUCCACUGCGUAGCGACUCAAAUGCUCCAAAAGGGUUUCACUAUUCAAGCCAUCCAAUGGAAGGAUUUAUCUAUGAUGUUCCCAAAACACAACAGGAUGUCAAUAUCACAAUCCGUCUGUAUUCGAAAUGCAUGAAUAAUGACGAGCCUCACGAUGGGUCCAAAUCUCACAGUGGACUAAUGUCUCCCUCUAUGGAAUCAUUCAGUAGCCAUGCUAGUGGAUUCAAACGAUCCACACUCUCCUUUUUUGGAGGCAGCGGUGGUUCGAAUACGCUUAUAGGCAAGCGAUCCAGUGCACACGCUCCAUCCUCCACGUUUAAGCAGUUUCAAGAUCAAGAAGCGCUGCGUUUUCCUGCAUCUCCAAAUGCUGUGGAUGUUACCUUGGCAGAAAUGUCCCUCACAUUGCCUACCCAACAUGCAUUCAGCAAAAUCACAGGAUCGUAUACUUUGACUGCCAAUGGUGGUAAAAAAGAAGUUGCUCGAGUAAAUAUUCAAAUGGGAAUGUUUGUUGAGGAAGAGUUUGCUAUUGAGCGGGAAAUUCCAACAGGCAUGUACCGCCAUGACGAUACUCUCAACUUUUUACUAAGAACUUCAGGCGGCUUAUUCUGGAAAAAAUAUUUUGUUGUGGGCACAUAUGAUGGGAUCCGUAUUCUUGACUCGGAAUAUCUAGAUCGCAAAGAUCCCAUUGCCUGGUUACACUUUUCACAAAUCGUUGAUAUUGCACCAGCAGAUUUUGAAUACAUGGCAGCUCCCAACUGUUUACAAGUCACGCUUGCUUUGCCAUGGAAGGACGAUGAUCGUAUUGCGACAUCACCUAUAAGCAGAGAAUGGCGAGAGGCAGUACUUGGAGGUGCUGCAGCAAUGAGUCGCUACCAUGCAGUUAUUUACAUCACAGGAGAUAACCUGGAUCGUGCAUUUGAAUGGAUGCAGUAUUUUAGGAGAGCUUCUCAAGCCUAA